GGCUACACAAACCUCAGAGCACUAAGAGAGAAUGUCAAUUAUUGUAUUAGUGGGGCAGAUCCCGUCGUAAUAUUCAAGGCUUAGUGAGUUAAAUAUGCGUUAAAUAUUACAGGAUUUUAAGCCAGGCUGACAAACUGUGGAAAUAUCAGUUGAGAUAAAACCUCAUCAUUUUCAAGCAAUAAUCUCUUUUCUGUCAACUGUAACUGUAGUGAGUUUAUUUGUUCAUUUUAUUACUGACUUACCAAUAUAGUAACGUUGACUGAUUAUAGAAACGUUAUACCAAUAGUUAAGCUAUCCCACGAGCCCAGCCACAAUCUCCGACUUCAUAAAAAAAAUCUCCUCUUCGGACCAACGAGAGCAGCAUCAAGCACUGAAUUUGCAACCCAACUCCUCGCCAUCUGAGCUCACAGAUUUCGUUCAAUUAAUUGACUGUGACAAUUUUAACAAGUGCAGAUUAUAAAUUUACAGCAAAGCAGACUCGAAAUGUCAAAGGUACAACAUGACCCCUACUACAACCAGCAGAUGCAUAUGCAAAUGCCCAUCCAAAUGCAACCUACUGCCCAACAAUUUUCUGCUGUACCACUGAAUGUUCCAUAUGGGCUCGAGUAUUUGGCACAUCUUGACCAAAUAUUUGUCAAACAGAAGAUUGAGGCACUGGAAGUAAUUCUGGGUUGCGAGACAAAUAACAAGUACAUUGUGAAGGAUGCCGCCGGUCGGGAUAUGUUCACGGCGAAGGAGAGCACGGAUUUCUGCACGCGCCAAUGUUGCGGAAAUAUUCGUCCUUUUGACUUGCUUAUCAAGGACUUCAGCGGACAGGAAGUGAUUCAUCUUACCCGUCCUUUGGCAUGUGGAAGUUGUUGCUUCCCCUGCUGCCUGCAAUCCAUCCAAAUUUUCGCCGGAAAUGGUGAACUAUUGGGCACGAUUGAGCAAGUUUGGACAUUUUGGAUUCCCAAAUAUUUAGUGAAGAAUGGAAACGGCGAAGUCGUCCUCAAAAUAGAGGGACCUUGCUGCACAUGCGCUUGCUGUGCAGAUGUUGACUUCAAAAUCUUGUCUGUUUCUGGGGAUAUUGAGGUUGGAAGGAUCUCGAAGAAGUGGAGUGGUCUAUUGAAGGAAGCCUUUACCGAUGCUGACAACUUUGGGAUCACUUUCCCCAUGGAUUUAGACGUCAAGAUGAAAGCUGUUAUGCUUGGAGCCUUGUUCCUCAUUGAUUUCAUGUUCUUUGAACAUACGGAAAAUUAAGAGAAUCAUCUGGUGACAACAAUCUGUGAUGACUUUUGCAAACUAUACUUCUGCAUAAAACUUUGAUUCGCCCAAUCUGAAGUCGGUCGGUUGUUACAUUUUAAGAUACUUCAUAUUUAUUUAUGAAUUUUCUUGUGAAUGAUAUUAAAUUUAUGAUUGAAUUAUAAUUUUAAAGUUUGGAUAGAUUUAUAUGAAUUAAUUGACUUGUGCACAAUACAUAUUACUACAUAGAUAGAUAUUAAAUGACGCUUAUUCAAUGUACAGCACACAGUAACUUUGUGCAUGUGUAUGUAUACUACGACAUUUGCAUAAGGUUAGGGGUUUAGAGGUUAGGGAUUCAAAUGUACGACUCCUUUGGAGUUAGCUUUUUUGACGUCAAUUUUAUAAUAUACAACAAUACAAUACAAAUAUUUAUUCGACAUGUUCGUAUAAUAUAAUCAUACAAACUCUUCAAUAUAUAUAUAUGUCCUACAUUAUUGUUAACAGUAAGCAUAUCCGUAUACAUGGCAACACAGCGGACAUACUACAUAUACAAAUUUUACUUGCAUGACGGUUUAGAUGCUAAUUUUCAUUGUAACUCUACGAAAUUUCUUGUAAUUAGCUAAACAUCACCACCCUGAUGUGUGAGAGAGUUAUCAUUUUACCAUAACCUAAUAAAAGUAAUAUGUAGUGUAUGUACGUAUAUAUGCACAUGUCCAAAAAAUUUGUAUGUGCCCACUCAAUUAAUGCAACAACAAACUAUAUAUUUUAUUUAUUUAUCAAACGUAAUGAAAGUUAUUUGUAAAUGUAAUUGGAAAACAUGAAUUUAACUAAAUUUUCAUUAAAUAUGAUGACGGGUGAUCCGACCAAGAC